CAACGGGGUUACACCGAGAGCGGUUGGCGAGACGGCGUCGUAGGUGACAUCAUAUCGGCGCGGUUCCUGCAGAAUCUCGAUCCGGAGACCUGAAACUGGGAAGAACAACAAAUUAAUUGCUCUUGUACCCUUUUCUCCCCGCCUCCUUUGUGCUGCUCCUCUGUUUCCUCUCACCAGCUUGCGGUUCUUCGGCCUGGGCUGUCUAGUUACCUGUGGACCUCUCUGAAACCCUACGCUCGCCAAACACGCGACAAACCUUCCUCGCCAAUUCUAUUCCUUUCCGCAGGAGACCAACCAACAUCAUGGGCAGCAUCUCGAGGCAGCAGAUGCUGCUACUCGGAGGUGCGGCACUGGCCUAUGCUGUUGCGAUUCCUGACCCUACAGCUGCCCCUACAAAGGUAGAAAUACAAGCACCAGUCAUCACUCCCGCAGCAGUCCGGUUCGAUGGAAGCCACAGCUACAUGCUUGAUCGGAGGAACCUUGUGUCGGACAUUGUCAGUGGGGCAGACAAUGUGCUGCACUCUCUUGGGAGCGUGUUGGGGACGGAUUUACCGAGCUAUGUCAUCUCCGGCAUCCCCAACUACUUCCAGAACUUCCCCACUGGCGACCAAGUCAAGUCCUCGCUCGGUAUCAAAGACAGCGAUCUCGACGCCAAGCCAACCGAGGUCCUCAAUAUCCCUCCAUAUGCUAAUUGGACAGAUCAAGGUUGGAAUGUUCGGUUUCACGGAAACGUGUUUAAGACGCCGAAUAUUUCGCAAUCGAAGCUGGAUGAUCUGGCCAACAUUUUCUUGAUCGACGUCGAUAUCAAAGACCUCCCUACAGACCAACAGGCCCAGGCUCGGAAUCUCACGCAGUCCAUAUUUAUCGUGCAGCAAGGGGAGCAGAACGUCUCGUUCCAUUUAGAGCCUGCUCCAAGCCAAGGCGCAAGUGGCGAGCCUGGGGGCGGAGGUGCUAUCACGCCUCCUGGCGGGUCCCAGAAUAUCACGUUCCCAUUCGAGACGACUUCUCAAGGUGAUUUUGAUGCCUUUGUUCCGAUCAAAAAUGUCUCAGGAGGUGGAUUGCUGGCCGGAAACGAGACGAACGAUGUCCAGCGUCUCAAUGUCUACACCAACGGCACGCUUACCGGCAAUGCAACUGCCUUCCUAGUUCCGCCGGAAGGUAUCACUUUCAUCUCCGAUAUCGAUGAUAUCCUCCGCGUAACGAAGAUCUAUCAGCCGAAAGAGGGCCUGAUGAAUUCAUUUGCUAGACCGUUCACCCCGUGGAUGAACAUGCCAGAGAUAUACGCGAAUUGGUCCAUGACUCUACCUAAUGGAACCCACUUCCAUUACCUAACUACGACCCCCGAGCAAGCCACGCGUCUGUACAUGGACUUCAUUUACAAGACCUAUCCUGGCGGCUCCUUCGACACACGCCCCCUAAAUUUCUCCGACGUCUCUGCAACGCUCUCAAUCCGGAUGUUCCUCCUCAAAAAAGUCUUCGAAACCUUUCCAAAACGCAAAUUCGUCCUGGUCGCCGACACUUCCAACUCGGAUGUGAUGAAAGACUACCCCACCCUCGCCCAUGACUUCCCCAACCAAGUCCAAUGCAUCUUCUUACGCAACACAUCCGCCACCGACCCAGGCGACAAGUUCCCCUACGAUACGAGUAAAUUCAAGGGACUGAAAAAUACGAGUUAUAUGUUCUUCCGUGUCCCGGAUGACCUAAGGGGAUUGGAUAUUUCGAAUGGACAGUGUUUGAAUAAGACGAUCAUGCAGAAUGUGACGUUUGGUAUCCAGGAUGAGGUAUUAGGGAUACAUGGCGCAGGUGUGAAGGUCAGGGGGAGUGCGAUGGGGAGUCUUGUUGUGGCGGUUUUGGUUGCGGUUUUUGUUUUGCUAUGAUGAAAGAAGGGGAUGAGGCUGAGUAUGGUUUAAGGGUUUUUGGAUGAUGAGGCGAUGGCUUGAGUAUGACCUUACGCGUCCAUGUAUGCCAGCUCAUGAUUAGUUUUAGUUCCUAGUAUUUCUUUCUUCGAUUGACGCUUUCGAGCGAGCGGCAUUGUAUUGCAUUGCACCCGGAGUGUUCUUGUAAAUAUUUCAGCAUGAUGAGGAGGAAUACACGCAGGAUUCUGGUAUUUUUCCUACUCGACCGCGUAUCUUGAAAACUAAUUAGCUUCUGGAUAAGUGAUUUGUUUAUAAUAGUGUCAGACAC